UGUUUUGAAGCGAUGAGAAGGAGUCCGAGAAGUGGUGCCAAAAGUGGCAAAACUAAUGGCAACCAAUUGUGCGCCCAAUUGAAGGCCAAUCACCAGUCAUUGAAUGGUGUCUUGAGUUCAUUGCAAACCAUUUCCGACAAAUGCAGACAAUUUUGCAAACAGUUUAACAUCGGAUCCGAUGCCGACUAUCAGCUCACGGAAUACGAAGACCUGUUGGCCCGACUCACCGAAAGACUACAAACUAAUCGCUCGGCGUAUAAGCGAAAUCAUGGCACCGAAGACAUCGCCGACAACGAGUCCGAAGUGUCGGAUCAAAUGGACAGCCAUUGCGAUGAUGUCGGCGAUGGAGGCGACGAUCUGAGCGAUGGCCGCAGCGAUGGUCACCACAACGAAGACCACAGUCUUGUCAAUAACCUAUCGCUGGAAGAAUUGGAGCAAAAGAUUACUGUGUUUUAUAAAAGGGACAAAAAGUGUGGCAAAAAGUUGAAACACUUCCGCUGUCCUGUCGAUGGCUGUGGCGUUGAAUCCCAUUCGCGGGCCAACAUCGAAGCGCAUCUGAUCCGACACACUAACGAUCGCGACCACCAGUGCUAUUGGCCCAAAUGUGAUAAGAGUUUCGGUUACAAGAAGUCAUUGCUGUCGCACAUUGAGAGCUAUCAUCUGAGAAAAGAGCGGUUCAAGUGCUGCGCCGACGGCUGCGGCCAAGUGUUUGUCCACAAGUAUGAACUUCACUAUCACAUCAAACAACAUCACAACAGCGAUGGUCCGCAUCGGUGUGUUUGGACUGAUUGUCACUUCGAGUCGGGAACCGUCACAUAUUCUCAUACGGAAGACAUUCAUCUGAAACGUCAACCGGGGUUUAAGUCAUGCGAUUUGGACGGCGAACUCAAUACCGGUGAGAACGACGACCAUUCCGGCGACGAUAGCGGCCAUUAUGUGGCACUCAAUCGGCGAAACAAAAGUAAACCGAGUGACGAAUCACCGGAAACUCACAUUAAUAAAUAUACC